CUCAAACAGUUAGUUCUCGUGCACUGGGCAUUUCAUUUAAUUGACCAUAUUUAAAAUGGCCAAGGAAACUAUUCUGAUCACGGGCAUUACAGGGUAUAUUGGAUUCAAGGUGCUGUACAUCGCUCUCACGCACGGCUACCGAGUCCGUGGCGUUGUACGCAAAGAAGAGCAAAUCUCCAAAAUCAAAUCUCACCCUCUCAUGAAUGGCCUUGCCGCUGGUGUUGAAUUUGUCGUCAUUUCAGAUUUAACAGAAGCUGGAGCUUUCGAUACAGCCCUGGAUGAUAUUUCGGUUAUUAUACACCUUGCAUCUCCACUUGCAAAAGAGACAGACUACUAUGAUCGAGAUAUUGUCCAGCCGCCCCUCGAUAUGGAGUCAUCUCUGCUCGGGUCCGCCUUCAACACACCUAGUGUGCGUCGAAUAAUUAUUACUUCAUCGGCUGUAACCUUGAUUCCUCUAUCUUGGAUCACCACCAGCGACAACGACACCGUGUUCACAUCACAAGACCUGAAUACGGACACUACACCUCCAUAUCACAACUCCAUGGAAGCGUACUGGGCAUCCAAGGCUCUCGCACGAAAGCAUGUUCACGACUUUCUGUCCCGGAACAAACCCCAUUUUGACAUUAUUCAGCUGCUUCCUUCAGUUGUCCUUGGCCCAGAUGAUUGGGCUACAGAUCUUGAAACCUUUUUCGUCGGAACUCGUGCCAUGAUUGUGCCAAUUGUCCAAGGUAAAGUCAUGGAAGGAGCGCUUGUGGGAGCACCUGUUCUUGUGGAUGAUGUUGCACUAGCCCAUGUGGACGCGAUCAAGCCAUCGGUGCCCGGUAAUAAGGACUAUAUCUUGACUUCUGACACACCAGAAGGCAUCGAGUGGAACUCCAUCUUGGAUAUUGCCAUCAAGUAUUUCCCCCAAGAGGUUGAAAAUGGAUUGCUUCAAUGUACAGGAUCACUCCCUACGAGAAAGUGGAAACUCGACGCUUCUGACACAAAGAAAGCUUUCGGAUGGGAGUUUACCUCUUUUGAGGACACGGUCAGGAAACAGCUUGAACAAUACAUUACACUAGUCAAGAGUUCUAGAACUUCAUCUUGAGGAUAAUAAAGUAACACGAUCCCAAAAUCGACACCCAAAGUUUCCCUUUCCUUCCUUGGAACUGAACUCUACCUGCUUUAGCCUGAGCUGGGCUGAACUGAUGGUGAGCUGGGCUGAGCCGAUGGUGAUCCAACCUGAAUCGGGGGUCAAGACGUGGU